GCGAUGGGAAGAGAGAGUCGCGUGCAGAAAAAUACUGCCCCAUUAGCUUUCUUUGUUCAUUUCGCCGACAGAUUUGUUGACAGAUCAUGUGAAUUUGCUGUUGGCUGGACCUGUCUUGUUUGCCAGUGCUCCAAUAUUUGUUUGAGAUUACCGCAGUCUGUUUGGUUGUUGAGUACUGGACAGACAAGAUCCCCAAAGCUGCUUUGAUAUCGAUCUUGAUUAUUCUCUGUGGCUUUUUGAAUCUCUAUUCUGUAAUCUUUUUUGGGGAGGGCGAGUUUUACCUUUCGAUUGGCAAAGUCGUUUUAGCCAUUGAUUUAAUCAUAUUCACGAUAGUGACAAUGUCAGGCGGAAACCCUCAGCAAAAAGUUCUUAACUGGGACAAUCCGGGUGCCUUCGCUGAAUAUCUUACGCCGGGUUCGUCUGGCAGAUUUAAUGGGUUCAGGGCAGGCAUAAUAUUUGCUUUAAACGUAUUCCGGGGUGUUAAUUACUUGGGCAAUGCUGCAAGCGAAGCUAUGAACCCAAGAAAGUGAUUCCGUCUGCAUUCAAGAAGGCUUUUAGCAGACUGGUCAUCUUUUACAUCGGUGGUGCGAUAUGUGUGGGCAUUUAAUGAUCCGAAAAUGAUCAAGGCCAUCAGCGAGGGUGCAGCGGGUGCUGGAGCUUUGCCUUACGUCUCUGCAAUGAAUACAAUGGGUAUCAAAUCACUACCCCAUAUUGUCGACGUCCUGUUGUUGUUUUCCAUCAUAUCAGCUGGAAAUUCUUCUUUGUACUCAUCAUCGAGAGUGUUGCAGCGCUUGGCACUAGAGAAUCAAGCACCUGCCUUUUUGAAGAAGGUAACGAAGAGUAGAGUGCUACCUUUUUGCUGUAUAAUUAUUUUUAGUUAUCAGCGGGUUGUCACCUACUUUCUGUCUCCAACAGCACUAAUAAGGGUCAAACCUGGUUUUUGA